AUUGUGGCUGGGGCUGACAUUGACAACAAAGUAACUUGGGCCCUUCCGCUUCCAGACAAACCUGGAUCAGUCUGCUCCCAAAAUAAUCCAGUUCCUUAAAGUUUCUUAAAUUUAAAAAAAACUCUUUGCGAUUGAGAAGUAGGAAAAGGGACGAGGACUUUUUCCUCCUGCUAUUUCUAUGGUGCUAUAUUAACAGGACAAUGACAGAAUACAAAUUGGUGGUCGUAGGAGCUGGUGGUGUUGGGAAGAGUGCUCUAACUAUUCAGCUGAUACAAAACCACUUUGUGGAUGAAUAUGAUCCAACUAUAGAGGAUUCCUACAGGAAACAGGUGGUUAUUGAUGGAGAAACCUGUUUAUUAGAUAUUCUGGACACAGCAGGUCAAGAGGAAUACAGUGCUAUGAGAGAUCAAUACAUGCGAACAGGCGAGGGUUUCCUCUGCGUCUUUGCUAUCAAUAACAUAAAAUCCUUCGAAGAUGUCCAUCUGUAUAGAGAGCAAAUUAAUCGAGUGAAAGACUCAGAUGAUGUUCCCAUGGUAUUAGUUGGAAAUAAGUGUGACCUUCCAGCACGGACUGUGGACACUAAACAAGCACAGGAACUAGCAAAAAGUUAUGGAAUCCCCUUCAUAGAAACAUCAGCCAAAACUCGACAGGGCGUGGAAGAUGCAUUCUACACAUUGGUGCGAGAAAUUCGCAAAUACAAAGAGAAGAUCAGUAAAAAUGGUAAAAAGAAGAAAAAGCCAUCCAAAAAGAAGUGCAUAAUUCUUUAAAAGUAAAAUGUGCAAGACUUUGUGAUUCAAAACUUCAAGGAUUUUGUAUCAGACAGGAAGAAAACAAUUUGGAGUAUAACAUCUCCUCCCCAAUGAAAAGGAACAAAUGCAGAAAAAAACAGAACUAGAAAUGUUGCAUUUAAAGAUCCAGGUUCUCAUGUUGCAGUUUAUUUACAAUGUGAGGCAAAAAGUGUGUGGAAACUAUUCAGCUUUUGCAAUGCCAGAUAUAUCUUAACACUGCCAUUUUUAAUUAGGACAUCAAAUAUUAAAUAAUGAGAAAAUCAUCAGAACACUGGAUUCCAAUGCUGACACAAAACAUUGAUCUUUCUAGUCUAUAAAGAAAACAUGCGUGGCUUGGCAAAUUCCAAAUUUUAAAUCAAACACCAUGCAGAUUAAAAGGUGCUCAGAUUUUUUAAAAAAUUUGGUCUGAUGACUAACAUAAAGAAAACAUACAAGUCAACUUUUUGCACAGUACAUUGCCACAGCAGCUGAGUGAAGAAUUUACACAAUCAGUAAGACGCAGUAUGUGCUACAUCACUUUAGUUUGCUGACCCAAACAUCUAUUUCUGUGUCAUCCCAAUACCUGUCCAAGCAUAGGUUCCACAUAAACAAACCCUAAAUGUUAGUUGUGCUGGUGCUGUCAAGAAAUAAAUAGCUAUGAGUGUUAAGGCAAGUAUCAAAGGAGCUAAAAAUCUUAAACAUGAGUUUUCGUGGGUGUUAUCUAGAUAUCCAAGAAACCGAAACCUGACUUAAGUUCAGACAGGUAGUAGACGUGGUAAGUAAAUGUGGCUGUUUUUAUGUGUUUGUGCCAAAUUUGUGAGCUGUUUCAAAUGGUAACUGUUUUGGAAGAUGGCUGGCUCAUGGAUGCAGUGGUUGGAUUUGGGCCUUCUGCUAUCGUCCAUUGAUUGCCAGUUCUCAACUUGGAUCAGUCAAUGGAACGUACAGCCAGAGCACAGUCUCUUCAAAUAUCAGGAAAUGCAGUUCUAUUGCAUAACAUCCCAUUCUACAUAAUUUCUGGAAACUGUUCAGAAUGCUGUUAAUCAUGGUUAUAAAAUCUGGCUUAAGUUGUUCCUUCUUUUAAAAUACUGUCUCAUUUGUUUGUAGUGAAAGGCAGCAAUAAGCAGAUUUUCUUAAACAAAGAAGAUAAGUACAUUAAGUAAUUGGUGAACAGCUGUCACUGCAUGUUACACACACCUUGCUAAUCUCCAAAUAUAAUAAAGCCAUGUAAAAUCAAACUGAACAAAUCCUUGCUUUAAGAAUAUUGUACAAUGUUCCAAUUUAUUAUACUAACAUUCUCAUGCAAAAACGAUCAAUGAUUUAUUAAGUGAUGCUGCAUAUCCAGGAAUGCCAAUUGUUCAUGCCAAACUACUGCACGUCUUUGAUCUCUUUGUGUAUCUGUGCAGGGAGCCAUAGAAAUGGGAAUUUUCUUUCCAAAUUAGUGCUUAGUUAAGGUGGGGAAAUCACUUAACUGGUCAACUGAAAUUUCUUUACCAAAUUAUUCCCUUUUUAUAGCUGGUAAUUCAAGACGAUCCUGUAAAUAUUCUUCAAUCUGAGCAAAAAGUUAGCUGCUGUAUCCAAUGAGGUGUCAUUGUAAAACUCCAAUUGUAAAAGUUGUGAUAUUUGAAGAACCACCAUGUUUCCUCCUUUUGGUGCACUGGCUUAUGAGCACUGUGCAACUUUGGUCAUCUCCUCCAUACCCAGUAUAAUGUCUAUAAUGUGUAUGUGGUAGGUCAACCAUUUGAUUUGCUCCUUAUCUGAUCUACCAAUGGGCAUGGACAAUAACCAUUUAUUCUACAGAUUGAGUCUCGGUGACACCAGUAACAAAUGAUAUUGAAAUGUUUCAGGCGGGGAAGGUUGGUUUUAGAUGUGAGAGUUGAUUCAAACCCCUAAAACUAAUCCUGCCUUUUCCUGGGUAUCACUGGAGGAAGCUUCCAAGGCAAGUGAGCACACUCUUUUGCUCUUUUUGGGAAAAUAAAGAUACUUGAAAAGCCAAUUAAACGCUGUUUUAACCCUCAAUUCUGAGUUCAACAGCCAGAACAUCUGACCAGUCAGAAACCUGCCAUGAUCGAUGAGCUGACUGCUGAGCAGAAUUAACUUCUUCAUUGAAGGUGGUAAGGCUUUGAUAAGUGAAACUGGAGCAUUUUAAAAUGGGAGAUAGUUGUACAUAAUACUCUCUGAGAGAAAAAGUGUUAUCAUUGUCAGACAAAUGAUUUCUAACUUCCUGAAAGGCAUUUCACUUUACUAGCUUUGCAUUUAUUUUCAGCUGCCAGUCUUUGAAAUGGCACAGGUACAGGUUUAUGUAGCUUUGUGUUGCACCUGAGAUAUUGGAGAGGAGGGCACAACAUGAAGCUGCAGCAUCAGCUGCCUUCUCUUCAACAACAUGGUCAUCCACAGAGCAGUGGGGAUGGCUACUGAACCCUAGAGAUGACCUUUGCCCAAUCCAACACAUUCUACAAGUAGAUCAGUUUCCAGUACCUCCCAGUCCUUCAGGCAUUUGAGGUAGGACAAUACUGAUAUCUACAGUCUCCUGGAACAAGAUUCCUUCCCAAUGCUACGUUGGCAGUGUGUGAUAAGCUGUGUGUCAUCAGAGAACUAUUCCUCCUAACUAUCUGCUGGUUCUCUGUCUCUACAACAAAAGUCAAUCAGUGUGUAAUGUUUUGAAUGGAGAGGCUGGGAGGGAAACAUUUGUGGAGAGUGUGAUGUGGUUGUGGGAGGGCAAUGAGGUGGAUGUGACAAUUGGCUGCUUCCAUGGUCAUGUGAUGUGUCUGUAGAAAGACAAAAUGAGUAAUGUUGCAAGGUAUGCCUUGAGAAUGCUGAGCAGGAGAUUGAUGGGAACAUUAUGGGGCUUGACAACCGGGAGUGUUAUGCCCAUUUACCGUGCUCUUCUGAGAGCCUGGAUUUAUUUUUCGAAGCUUUGUCUUCGGGUUGGAGACAUCACAUUUGUUGACUUCCUCAGUCAUUCCCAUCAUGUCUCCUUGAUUUGAGGGACCAACCUUCUAUUUUUAGAAACAUUAACCUCACCACAACCCCUCAAUCCCAUAGCUGGUUCUCCAGCUAAGUGAGAUCCCAUUGAACAACUUUUUCCAGGUGUCUUCUCUAUUCUUGCAACCUCAUAAAUCCAUGUGCUAGUAAACAAUAUUAAUCAAUGCUGUGGUUCUUUUUAAUUAAAAAAAACCUUUCCUUUGACAGAAUGGAGGCAUUAUCUUGCCUGUUUUCCAGGAUGGCUAAGACAUCUGGAGCAAGAGGCUAAUUUUGUUGCCUAGUUAAAACUUGGCAAAGCUGCUCGAGCUAUCAACAGGUUCCAUAAAAUGGUCCUGCUAUUUGUGCAGGUGCCAAGUUGGGAAAUUUCCACCUGCUAAGUCAGUUUAAUUUUUUUUAACCAGCUAUCUGAUAUUUAACCCAGUCUAAAUUUAGUCACCUUAGUUUAUGCCCUAAUGCAAAGUCACUCUUUUGUACAGAAUGUUAUAUCUGGUGACACACUGAAAGCAGUUGUCCCUUUAUGAAGACAGUGCUGUGAUAACAGUAGUCUAGGUAACAUGAAAUAAUACUUUUAUUGUCUACAUGUGGUUAAAAAAGGUAAUGUUUACGUUUUUUUUUGUUGUGAAUGAUAAACUUCACAAAAAUGUGUUUGGUAGGUUUGUAUGUUCUGGAAACGUUUCACUCUUGGUCCUCAGUGACAAUUCACAUGAUUAUACGAAUUAUGACAUUGAGGUGAAAUAGCUAUUUAAAAAAUCUCCUCAUUUUGUGAAGUUGGAUUUUUAGUGUCUUAUCACAUUCUCAAACACUUAAAAGCUAAUGAAUUAGUUUUGAAGUGCUGUUGUUACAGAUGGGAAGAUUUGGCAGCUGUAUUCCUAACAAAUCUUAGAUGAGGUUAGUAGGCCACUGAAAAAAAGUCUGCCUGCUCUUUGAAUAAAACCAUGCAUAUUUCGUUUCAAGCUGAAUGGCUGAAUUGGAGCCAAUGUUAAACAUUUUCCCCAAAAAGCUGAUGCCUAUAAACUCAGCACUCAGGCGGCAGUGUAGGUUGGGUGCUGUAGUCCUAAGAGCCCUAACAAGGUGACUUGAUCAAAGACAUGUUUAAGACAUGUCUUCCUCCUCAUUUUAUACAGCUAUUGCUGUGAUGCUUCUGGAAAAGAUGUGUUAUUUAGAGGAAUGUCCCAUGUCAUUUAUGUGCAAAGAAUGUAUCUUUUAAAAAUAUGUAGAAGAAUGAAUUUUUAGACAAGUGCAUUGGGGAAACUGACAAAAAACAACAAGUGUUAUACAACAAUAAACUUUUUUUAAAGUUGAA